GUUUCGCAAUCGAAUCCUUCUCUCUUUCGUGCCAGUCGCGUGUACUGUAUGCACUGAAUUCCUCCGCACCACUUGCAUGGCAGAAAACUUCCUAUUCAUACAGCCCUACAUUUUCCAGCGAUUGCAGAGCCUCGUCUGGUCAUGCCUGGACUCUGACCUCACGCGGACUGCCGUGUUCUACGCGGAACGAUGCUUUGCCAUGGACAGCAGCAAUCACGAAGCGAGACAUCUCUACGUUACUGCACUCCUCCGCCAAGGAGAAACGCAUUCCGCGCUAUCACUCGUCAGGCUGGGGCGAGAUCGGACAUGUACCGGGUGUUUGGAACUAAGAGCAAAGUGCUGUACUCUGCUCGGACGCCAUCGGCAGGCGAAGGACGCGUUAGACGAAUGCAUGCGCGACCCUAAUUUCACUUCUUACGCGUCGGCACCCAAUCGAACUGCGCGAGUUUUCCCAGACGAGGCUGGCAUCUGCUGUCGGUCCGGAAACAUGAGUUUGAAAGGAAAUCUGCUAGAGGAGGCCACUGCAAGCUACAAGCAGGCUCUUGGGUUGAAUCCGUAUAUCUGGGAAGCGUUCGAGGGUCUAUGUACGCUAGGGACUGUUCCCGAGGUUGAAGACAUCUUCCCACCCAGACAACUACCUGUGAAACGCGGCGCACACGAUGAUUUACCCCCAUCCAAGUCUUCCGGGCCAGUGGCGACGGGUGCAGGGUUCUUCACCCCCGAUACCGGCAGCUCUGGCAACCUAUUCCGUCUCGCCCAACCCCUCCCGUUUCGCAUGGAAUCAGCGGGGCCCAGCGACUCCUUAACCAGUGACAACUCCUUCUACGCUCAGGAUCUGACAUUCCAUCAAGUACACCCUCCCGCUCGGCCACACGGCCAACUGCCCCAUGUCUCACGUCCAUUGUCAUCUGCCGAUGAAGCGGGCCCUGUUCCUAAGAAGUUGAGGUCGACCGCGCCACCGGGUGAGACGGACAGGCCGAUCAAGCCUUUAAAGGGCGGUGUGGACGAGCUUUCGAAGAAGGUUCCAGCACUUUCUCGACCGAUAGCAGGCAGUAGUAAAAGCAGUGGACACGCAUCUACAACGGUUCCUGGAACAAGAAGAAGCACACGUUUGAACAGUGGGACGGGGAAAGCCGCUCAUGUAUCUAAACAUACAUUGACGCGGGACCGACGACGGAUCCCAACAAACCAUUUGCGCUCUCGUUCCAUGGAAUCUGACAUGGAAGACGAGUUCCAGUCACCUUCCCCGCCUGCCAUAGCGAAUUCGCCCCAGUCUGAGACCUCACCUUCAAGGCAUGAUCCGAUGUUGGCGGAUGCCUACGAAUGGGAACUUGCAGAUUUCUAUGUGUACGACCUAACACGGCAAUUUGCUACAGCAGCACGAGCUCUGGCGUUGUACAACUCGCCAAAAUGUCUAGUAGAGCUGGAGAAACUUCCUCCAGUGCAUCAGAAGACUCCCUGGGUUUUAGCUAUGAUAGGACGUGCCCACUUUGAGCAGCUUGAAUAUGCCAAGGCGGAACGUGCUUUCAAGGCGCUUCGCUCACUGCAACCUUAUCGACUACUGGAUAUGGAGGUGUACUCGACACUUCUGUGGUAUCUCCAGAAGCACGUGGAGCUUUCAUUUCUGGCGCAGGAGCUGUUGUCGAUCGAACCUCGCUGCCCCCAGGCCUGGAUUGCCGUGGGAAAUCUGUUCUCGCUGCAGAAAGAGCGGGCGCAUGCUCUGACUUGUUUCCGGCGGGCGGCACAGCUGGACCCUCGCUGCGCCUACGCAUAUACUCUGAGUGGACACGAGUCUGUCGAGGAAGACCUCGACAAGGCGAUCAACUUCUUCCAGUCAGCAUUACGGGCUGAUUCGCGGCACUACAACGCAUGGUAUGGCCUCGGCACGUGCUACUUGCGGAUGACCAAGGUGCGGCUGGCGGAGUAUCACUACCGCAAGGCCAUGGACAUCCAUCCGUAUAAUGCGGUGUUAGUUGGCUGUGUUGGGCUAGCGGUGGAACGGUACGAUCGUGGGGCUGCUCUGAAGCUCUUUGAUGCCGCGGUCAAGUUGGCGCCGGAGAAUGCCCUGGUCCGUUAUCGCAGAUCCAAAAUCCUCAUUGCAGUGAAGAGAUAUCCGGAGGCCAUCCAGGACCUCGAGAGAUUGCGCAAUACCGCGCCGGAAGAGUCCAAUGUUGUUUUCCAGCUCGCCAAGGCUUAUCGACUCGUUGGAAAUGACGUCAAGUUUGCGGCAACGCUUGCACAAGCACGUGAUAUGUCCCCCAAGAGUGUUGCGAAACUCAAGAAACUGCUGGAUACGGUCAAGGACGACAGUGCGGACGAUCGAAUGGACGAGGGAUAGCUAAUUGAUCGUACUUCCGUCGUCAUAUCUCACGAUAGUGUUGCCAUGUUUGGCACCGACAACAGCGGUUCCCCGUCGAGUCAGUGAUCGUGUGAUAUAAAACGCGACCGUGACUGUUGUGGUGCUCGUGAUCUCCAUUCCUCCCUCGACCACCAUGUUCGCAUAGUUGUGUCGUCCGUGUCCGCUCCCUCGUCCCCCUCUCUACCCGAGUCGCACCGACUGCUGGGCCCACCCUCGCACAAGCAUGGUCAAUAAACUAGCCCGUACUUCCAAUAACGGCUCUUUGCUCUUUGAACCUGAGAUUGUAGAACGUAUACACCGUUGAAAGCUGCCCCUCUAUACCCGAGCCUCGUGCCAACCUACUUAACUCGCCAGACUUGUUCUUCCAUCCAACCACUCAAUCACUCAACCACCCACAUUAUCAAUGGCGUCUACUUCGUCUGACCUCUUUGCCCUGGCGCGCUCCAAGCUGAACCUGUCUUCCGGCCACAAGGACAGUUUCAGUUUGCACCGCUGGGUGCUACUGAAAAACUCGGUCAUCCAGUCUAUUCCUUGCAUCACUUCUCCCAAAAUGUCUAAUACUGUCUCCACCCUACUGAAGCCGAAGAGGACGACGAUUUCGAUUCCUUCAUGUUCCCUGAUGCAGGGACGGUCGCUGAAGAACCGUGUUCGGAUGCAAAUCCGUCGUCCGAGGCAGCAUGGUUUGACUCGUUGUUGGAGGCACUAGAUGAAGACGAAGACGAAGACUUCAGCAUGGACGGAGAAACAUGUGUUUCUGUGAUGCCUGUUGAGGACGACGACGAACUCGUCGGUGUGCCCGUCUCUCCUCUGUCCUCUAGCGACUACUUCUAUCCGUACCUUGUCCCAUAUCCUCCCUACUCGUCCUCCAUCAUUUCCCCGUACCCAUUCCACCCACCUCUGCUUUUUCCGGUUUCUCCCGCUACCUCCUAUGCUGAUCCCUUACCUUACUACGACGUUGACGAACUGGACGAGCUGCCGGUUCCAGACGCCAUUGAGGAUACCUCGGACGACGAGUCGGAUGCUCCAUUGACACCGGGGCAGUCGCUAUCGUCGCUGACCCUCGAUCCUGCUUCCAUUCCCCUGCCCGAAGAAAGUCGCUUGCGACAGACCACACCGUAUAUAUACACUGAGCUGGACGACGACGACGAGUUUGACCUGUUCUCUCCAUUUGAUUCCGUGCCCUCUAGUUCUCCUCGCUUCUCCUCCCAGUGCUAGAUUUUUUUGCUACUUAGCUCCGUAUGCCGCCGAAUUUUCACUAUGGGCAAUGUAUAUUAUUGUCUGCGCUAUUUCCGCUGUUGCUAUCGACGCACUCCGCCAGCCCGUCUGCUUCCAAAAACCGGAUUUCGGAAGAUGUCGGCAGAUAUUGGAUUGCCGUGUUGUUGAAGGCCGUUUUCCACGCAAGAGAUUCGGGUAACAGUCUGCAUUCAAGAUGCUUAUCUUUGAUAGGCAAGGUCAGAUAAGUACUGGACAAAACUGCGGGCCGGGCACGCACCCAGUCGCAAAAUAUGGGGCGCUCUCGUUUCCAGUUUCUUCUGGGGAUGGCUGUCUGGUUUCCACCUGAUUUCGAACGUAACCGGGCCGCAUCGCUCACCUCUCAAUGUAAUCGCCGAGGCGGUUCCCGAUCAGGAUCAAGCGGGAUAAAUGCUCGCGCGACCAAUUAGUUGCAACCACGUUUUCGUACAGGUCAAGAUCACAGUGCGGCAUCUGCGCGGCGAGGGUUGUUAUUACGCUCCAGAGCUUAUCGGGGAGACUCACCCAAAGAAUGGUCGGAUCCGCGAGUCGAUAUCGGCCCUCCUGUUCCGAGGGCUCAGAUCCAGGCAGCUUCAACGUAACUCGACACGCACCUGAUUCUCCGUCGCCACGAUCAUCCCGAGGGCCCCAAACACAGCUUUGUCCUCCUCCGUGAAAACGGGAUCAUACACAGAGACGUCUGCGUGUUCCUGGCAGGGAUUGAUGACCACCAGGUGCACAUUAAUAGCCUGUACGCACAAUUGCCGCGGUCUUGCAGAUCUCAAGCAAAAAGGCCAGCUGCGCUCGAGAGUUGGGCGAAGAGAGACUACCGAGCCCUAGACAGAGAACUUUCUUCGGAGAUCGCGUCUCCAGAUGCUCGCGGAGCAACGCUAAGCAAGAGGACUGUCGGUCUAUUGUCACCCGACCUCAGCGAUGCGAAACGGACUUUGACAGUCGGAAAGCCAGUCGUUCUCGGCCCAAUCCGCGAUAACGCUUUGGAUCUGAGACAGCAGAGAUGGCCGGUCAUGCGCAGGCCUGUUUUUGCGCUUCUUUUUGGACACCUGCUUGAAGUCCGAAUACUUGAAACCGUCGCUGGUCAUGAGCGAGUACAAGUGAAUAUAUGGUUACGUAAUCCUAAUUGCACAGCAAGGCAGCAGCACUCAAAGACUUUGUAGAGACCAGAGAUCGUCUCCCAGGUACGUGACAGUCUCGACACCCACGCCCUUGUUGACCUUGCGCAUCUCUGCGGUGCCAAGUUUCGUGAUGCCGACACCCACCGCGUGUUCCUUCCCUUCUGCAUAGAUAGCAACUGCGCUCUCAGCAGGAUACGCUUCAUCAUCGGGUGGCAGAUAGCCACCCGCGGAUGUCAUUCCUGGGCACAUCAUGUGUGCCCCCGCCAAUAGGAACCGAAUCGCACCACGGUCUAUUCGUACCAUUGGUAAGAUAAACGGAUCUUCAACGUGCCGCCAUCUGUCAGCAGUGGUCCCAACAACGCGAGGUCCGCUAGAGUCUCUCACAUUUAUGCAGCAGUCGCAGGGUCGGGUAGAACGGGCCGUCGAAGUGCUGGAAGAAGAGAGGCUCGUUGUGCACGGUGAAGAUGGAUAUGUGUUCUCUGCUAUCGCGUCGAUGAGAAUCAGGGUCGCGCGAUGGGAGGAUGCACCGGCUGUGGACCAUUUCACGUGAACCAGUCCCUCCUUCUUGGGCCAGAUGGCCUCCAGCGUCUCGGGCUCGAUUUCCAUUGCGCAAGCACGCCAGAUCGAAUGGAUCUUUGCACGGAAGAUUUCACUGGUGUGUUUCCGGCAAUAUCUGUCGAUGGCGAGAAUCUACGGCGCGCGGCGGUCAGAACGGAUCGUGAGGCCCAACAGACGGGGCUUUCACUUUUUGAACAUGGUGCAGAUUAGGAGAAGAUGUGACACACCGGUGUGACGUGUGGAGUCUGGUACUAGUGUACAGUAUUUUGCAUUAAUUGUUGAGCUGUAGUACUACAUACAUAGGUUUACAUGAAAAAA